AUAAAUAUAUAAUGUUUUUGUAAAAAAGUUGUAGGUUACAAAUUCAGUAGAAUCUGAAAAUAAGUAAAUACAGAUUUAUUUUAACUAAUUGUUUGUUAGUUGCAAAAAGUUGAUUAAUAAAAUGAGUGAAAUAUUGGAGAAUAUUAAUCCAAAGUUGUAUGAGAAAUUAGAUGAUCGUUUGAUUACUAUUGAUGAUGAAAAUGAAGAUGUUGUUGAUGAGUUCGAUUCAAGAGAAAUUUUUGAUUUAAUAAGAAAUAUUAAUGAUCCAGAACAUCCUUUAACAUUAGAAGAACUCCAUGUUGUUGAGCAAAGUCUCAUUAAAGUCGAUAAUAAAAAAAAUACAGUAAUGGUUAAUUUUACACCAACGAUACCACAUUGUAGUAUGGCAACAAUUAUUGGACUAUCAAUCCGCGUACAAUUAUUGCGCGCAUUACCAUCAAGAUUUAAAGUUAAUGUUGAAGUAUCACCAGGAACACACAAUGCUGAGUCAGCAGUAAAUAAACAAUUAGCUGAUAAAGAAAGAGUUGCCGCAGCUUUGGAAAAUUCACAUCUCAUUCAAGUUAUAAACCAAUGCAUCAACACUGAAAAAUAA